AUUGCUGACUUCAUUUCCGUGCGUCGUUUCCAGCAGAGGUGAAAGACACAGGCACAUUGAGCGGAGAUUUGAGCUUUAUUUCGGAUUCAGUGUCGGAUUCAUCAGCGAAAUCUGGAUUAAUUUCGGCGAAGUGAUCAGCGGACAUUAUCGCGGAGGGACACAGAACUGAAAUAAGAACAAACCGAAGCACAAAAGUGGAGGAAUGCGGCGGGUAACCUCGUUUCUCACAGAAGUGAAAGAGAAUCCCUAGUGAAACUAAUUUUAAUUACGAUAUUAAUAGUCUAUGACUCAUGUAUUAUAACACAUAGGACUAUUAUAAUAAUAAUAACUUCAGUUACAAGAUAAAUUACCUCAAGAGCCCUAUCCCCUUUAGACUACAUUCAUAAAAUAAAAAAAUUCAACGUGACGUCACGAAGUCAGACUAAAAGUAUCCGUUUGUUUUUAUAUAAGAUCCAUAUCAGCAGAUCGUGUUAUAUUUAUAACCAGUACAAUGGCACUUGGUCAGAUUGAAACUCUACACUGGUGUCAUAUAUGAGCUGUAGAGCUCAGGCAGGUGUUUUUAAUGGGAGGCGGAUUGAUCUGCUCUGAGAUCAGUGGGCGAAUCUUGCACAGAUGGCGGAGGUACCGGCUCUGGCCCGGUUGGAGUCCUUGGCCCGGUACGUUCACAAAGCAGCCAGUGAGGGGAGAGUCCUGACCCUGGCAGCCCUGCUCCUGAACCACUCCACCGUCCAGACCCGAUACCUGUUGGAGUAUGUGACCCAGGUGGCCGGACAGCGAUCCACUCCUCUCAUUAUCGCGGCUCGGAACGGACAUGACAAGGUGGUCCGGCUACUUUUGGACCAUUACAAGGUGGACACUGAGCAGACUGGCACUGUCAGAUUUGAUGGGUAUAUUAUCGAUGGCGCCACGGCUCUUUGGUGUGCAGCCGGCGCUGGUCAUUUCGAGGUGGUGCGUUUGCUAGUUUCCCACAGCGCUAACGUGAACCACACCACCCUCACCAACUCCACCCCCCUCAGGGCUGCGUGCUUCGACGGACGGCUGGACAUCGUACGCUACCUCGUGCAGCACAAGGCCGACAUCAGCAUCGCUAACAAAUACGACAACACUUGCUUGAUGAUCGCCGCCUAUAAGGGCCACAGCGAUGUUGUUUACUUCCUACUCGAGCGUGGCGCUAAUCCCAACGCUAAAGCUCACUGUGGAGCCACCGCGUUGCAUUUUGCCGCCGAAGCCGGGCAUCUGGACAUCGUUAAGGAGCUUGUGCGAUGCCAAGCGGCUAUGGUGGUUAACGGGCACGGUAUGACACCGCUAAAAGUGGCAGCGGAAAGCUGCAAAGCGGAUGUGGUAGAGCUGCUACUUUCCCACGCGGAUUGCGACGCGCACAACCGAAUUGAAGCGUUAGAGCUUCUUGGAGCGUCUUUCGCUAACGACCGUGAGAAUUACGACAUUCUUAAGACUUACCACUACUUGUACCUUGCCAUGCUGGAACGGUUUCGUGAUCCGCAGAACGUCAUCGCUAAAGAGUGGCUGUCGCCGGUUGAGGCGUACGGAGGGAGAACCGAAUGCCGGGCGUUGCAAGAGUUGGAGGCCAUUCGACACGACAGGGAUGCGCUGCACAUGGAAGGCCUGAUGAUCCGCGAGCGAAUUCUGGGUUCAGAUAACAUUGACGUUUCGCAUCCCAUUAUAUACCGCGGCGCUGUCUACGCCGACAACAUGGAGUUCGAUCAGUGCAUCAAGCUGUGGCUUCACGCGUUGUACCUACGCCAGGAAGGAAACCGCAACACCCAUAAAGACCUUUUGAGGUUUGCGCAAGUGUUCUCGCAAAUGGUGCACUUGAAAGAGCCGGUUCGCGCGUCAGACGUGGAGCACGUUUUGCGCGCGAGCGUCCUCGAGAUCCGCCGCAGCAUCUCGCGAAUGCAAACCGCCACGGAAGCGGAGUUACCGGCGGCCAACGAUAACUACGAAUCUAACGUGUUCACCUUCCUCUACCUGGUUUGCAUCUCCACCAAAACGCAGUGCGGCGAAGAGGAACGAGCACGGAUAAACAAACAGAUCUACGACUUAAUACGCCUGGAUCCACGUUCCCGCGAGGGCUCGUCGCUUUUGCACUUAGCGGCGAGCUCAGGUACGCCCGUAGACGACUUCCACACCAACGACGUUUGCAGUUUUCCUAACGCGCAAGUUACCAAGCUGCUCAUAGACUGUGGCGCGCAAGUGAACGCCGUGGACAAUGAAGGAAACAGUCCUCUGCAUCUCAUAGUGCAAUACAACCGUCCCAUUAGCGACUUCUUGACCCUCCACGCCAUCAUCAUCAGCCUCGUCGAAGCCGGUGCUCAUACGGACAUGACCAACAAGCAAAAGAAGACGCCUCUUGACAAGAGCACAACGGGCGUUUCCGAAAUCCUUCUGAAGACGCAAAUGAAGAUGAGUCUGAAAUGCCUGGCGGCUCGUGCCGUGCAGCAACAUCACAUCUUGUAUCGGGACCAGAUUCCCAAAAGCCUGGAGGAGUUUGUUGAAUUUCACUGACCUGUACUUUUAGUUUUCCAUCAAAUCUGGUUUAAUGCUUUCGGAGUUUGAUUUAACUUGUGAAACGAUGCUAAAGACUCUUGAUUUGACCUUGUUUACGUACUCAGCACGGAUUAUACGUCUAUAAUAUGUCCCUAAUUUACUU